AAGUUGGCAAAUUUUUGUUAUUCGCUCUCCACCACUCGUCCGAAGCACUUAGGCCUGUCCGCUCCACAGAAACCAGCCGCAAUCGCACCUCGGAACCGUAAACGCUACUCUCCGCACCCAGAUUCGCAUCUUAGCCAUGGCCCAGGCACGCGUUGCGACAACUAUAACCACGGCACUAUCUGCGCCAAUGACAAAUGGCCAGGUGAAUUUGGACAUGGAGGCGAAUCUGAAGCGGCUGGGCGAGAACAGCUGGGAGGAGUUCUCCAUCGACGUUCCCUGGGGCACCGUAGAGGGAAAGUGGUGGGGUUCCCGCAACAGGCAGCCCAUCAUCGCGCUGCACGGCUGGCAAGACAAUUGUGGGAGUUUCGACAGGCUGUGCCCGUUGCUUCCCGCCGAUGUCUCCGUACUGGCGAUUGAUCUUCCGGGCCAUGGAAAGUCAUCCCACUAUCCGCAGGGCAUGCAGUACUUCAUCUUCUGGGACGGAAUCUGCCUGAUCCGCAGGAUAGUUCGUAAAUACAACUGGAAGGACGUCACCCUGCUGGGUCACUCGCUUGGCGGAGCCCUGACCUUUAUGUACGCGGCCAGUUUCCCGGACGAAGUCUACAAGCUAAUAAACAUCGACAUCGCUGGCCCCACGGUUCGGGGAGUCAAAAGGAUGGCGGAAGGAACGGGAAAGGCGCUGGAUAAGUUCUUAGACUACGAGACGCUGCCGGAGAGCAAGCAGCCCUGUUACUCCUACGACGAGAUGAUUAAGCUCGUUUUGGACGCCUACGAUGGCUCUGUGGACGAGGCUUCCGUUCGGGUUCUUAUGAACCGCGGCAUGCGGCACAACCCCAGCAGGGACGGUUACCUCUUCUCACGGGACCUGCGCCUCAAGAUCAGUCUGCUGGGCAUGUUCACUGCAGAACAGACGCUGGCCUACGCCAAGCAGAUUCGCUGCAAGGUUCUUAACAUCCGUGGCACUCCUGGAAUGAAGUUCGAGACUCCUCAGGUCUACGCUGAUGUGAUUGCCACUUUGAAGGAACGCGCCUCCAAGGUGGUGUACGUGGAGGUGCCCGGCACCCAUCACCUGCAUCUGGUCACCCCCGAAAGAGUGGCCCCGCACAUCAACCAGUUCCUGCUGGAUCAUUAAGUAGAACAUUUAAGUAGGAGGCUAGAUAGAGAUACUGUAUGUAGAUAGCUUUUAUAUAUGUAUAUGGACGGAUGUAUUCACCGUGUGCAACGGUGUGCAGUGAUCAAAGGUAUAUGCCCGAUUUGCGCGGAUCUAAAUGUUAUGGUAAAUGUGCCCUUCGCAUUCAAUAAACACAAAUAACUUAAGCGA